AUACUAUUGCUGCCUGCGUUUUCUCGAAGAUCUGUUGUUGCGGUACUGUUGUUGUAAGUUUUCUGCCUCUCGUCUGUUGUUUAUGUGUCUGUAAUACGAACAAACAGCUAAAUAAAGCAGGUUCUGGACACAUUUGAUCUCGCUGUCAUGUCUUCUCCCGUGGAAAUGACAGAGUUGUACGACAACGCGCUGCUCGGGAUCCUGCAGCAUGUUGGAAACAUCCAGAGUUUCCUCCAGGUUUAUUUUGGGUUUCUCUACAGAAAGACAGACUUUUAUCGUCACCUCACCGGACCCAACGACCGCAUGGGCUUCCCACCAGGAGUCGCUGAAAAAAUGGUCUUCAAGACAUUUAAGUUAUUUGAAAAGGUGGCGGAGCAGGACCGAGAGAGAGCAGGGAAACUCCUGGAGGAGUCAAAAUCUGCUCCUCCUGUUGUACAGGAGCUGGAGGUUCAGUCAGAGCCGGAGGCUGGAGCUCCUGUUGUGGAGGAGAGGAGCACAGAGGAGUCCACAGCUGUUACGGCACCAUCAAAACAAAACACACAGACAGGUGGAGAGACGCCCCACAGCAGUCAAACUGAACCUUCAGGAGAAACACAAGCAGCGGGAGACACAGCGACAGCGGCAAACUCAGAUUCCAGCACAGCUAAAGCUGGGCAAGACACCUUUCAGUCCAACCCAGACAGUUACAACGGUGCCGUUAGAGAAAAUUACACCUGGUCGCAGGAUUACACGGAUGUGGAAAUUCGAGUUCAUGUCCAGCCUGACAUUGUUAAAGGCAGACAGGUAUCUGUAGACCUGCAGUCGGGAAGAGUUCGUGUAGCAGUGAAUGAGAGGGGAUCACAGAGGGUCCUAAUGGAGGGAGAAUUCACACAUAAAAUUAACACAGAGAAUUCCCUAUGGAGUCUGGAGCCGGGAAAAUGUGUUGUGCUGUCCCUCAGUAAAACCGGAGAAGUGUGGUGGAGUGCCGUGUUGAAGGGUGAGACAGAGAUUGAUGUGAACCAGAUCAACCGCGAACGCUCAAUGGCAACCGUGGAUGAGGAGGAGCAUGCCGUAUUGGACCGCCUUACGUUUGAUUACCAACAAAAACUCCAGGGAAAACCACAGAGCCAUGAAAUGAAAGUCCAUGAUAUGUUGAAGAAGGGCUGGGAUGCUGAAGGAUCUCCGUUUAAAGGACAGGAGUUUGACCCCUCCAUGUUUAACAUCCCACCCAGUGCUGUCCAGUUUUAAAUGUAACACCAUCAGAAGUCAGCACUUACUGUAAAUGCACACUCAUGUGGGACAGUGCUACAAAACAAACAACAUCGACAUCGACUGCCCUGCAAACCUCAUCAUGCCAAAAUAAAAAUGACACUUUGAUUAAUGUCCCUCAUUUUAAGGCUAAUGUUUGGUGUUCAGAUAAGGCCAAUUAUCAUUGUUUGUAGUGUUUUAUAAAAUAAGUUGACUUUUUUGGCUGUAUGUCUCCUUGAUAAGUACUUCUGCACGGUUACUGAGCAGUUAUUAUUUGCCCAAAUAUUUUUAAUUCCAGAGACAAUAACAAAUAUUUCAGGGACUUUUGUCAGAUUUAUUGAAUGUGAUGGCUGGUUGAUGUUAAUUUACGCCUCAUUUAUAUCAGUUUUGUUCAACAUCUGUGCCCGAAUCUAUUAAAAUGUUUUGCAAACA